GGCGGAUGUGUUGAGCGGCGAGAAACCGAAGAACCGAAUAAGAAGUCACUGCGAUAGAAUAGUACUAACUGCUGUCUAGUCGCGAAGAAAGUCAUCCGAAAAGUGAAAGAGUUAACUGCGCUUUUGGUUUUGAGUUUUAAGUUUUGAGUUUUAAGUUUUGAGUUUUGGUUUCGAACGCGGAAGCGAGCGCGAAAAUGGAAGUGCCAGCGGGCAAUUAGUGCAGCCAGACAUAAAUCCAUAAAGACAAAAAGACACACUCACAGCUCGAAAAUACAAAAUACAGCUAAAACAAAAGGAUUGCGACUGUGAAUUACAAAGUAUAAAGUAUAACGCACAACGUAUAAAUUAUAAGCAACGACAACACAUCCACAGCGGAAUACGCAGCGACGACAGCGAAAACAACAAACAACAGAAACAUCAGAAAGAAAUUGAUAUAAAGUUCAAAGUGCCAGCGGCAAGUGGAACCGAACCCCACCACAUGACAAAUAGACCAGCCUCAGGAGCAACACAACACAGCAACAGCAACAGCAAAAGCAAAAGCAACAGCAACAAAAUGACAAACUGCCAAAGUUCAGUGUUCAUAGUCGUAGGCACCCUGUUCUCCAUCCUGGCAGCGGCUCAAUCGGCACCCGUUUCCACCACCACACAGGCGGAGAUAUACCUGUCCCAGUUCGGCUACCUGCCCGCCUCUGCCCGCAAUCCCGCCAGCAGCGGGCUGCACGACCAGCGGACCUGGGUGAGCGCCAUCGAGGAGUUCCAGAGCUUCGCGGGACUGAACAUCACCGGCGAGCUGGAUGCGGAGACCAUGAAGCUGAUGUCCCUGCCCCGCUGCGGAGUCCGGGAUCGCGUCGGCACCGGCGACAGCCGCUCCAAGCGGUACGCCCUGCAGGGCAGUCGCUGGCGCGUGAAGAACCUAAACUACAAGAUCUCCAAGUACCCCAAGCGGCUGAAGCGAGUGGAUGUGGACGCGGAGAUCGGUCGCGCAUUCGCCGUGUGGUCCGAGGACACCGACCUGACCUUUACCAGGAAGACUUCCGGCCCCGUGCACAUCGAGAUCAAAUUCGUGGAGAGCGAGCAUGGAGACGGCGACGCCUUCGACGGCCAAGGUGGCACCCUGGCCCACGCCUUCUUCCCGGUCUUUGGCGGAGAUGCUCACUUCGACGACGCGGAACUGUGGACCAUUGGCUCGCCUCGCGGCACCAAUCUGUUCCAGGUGGCCGCCCACGAGUUCGGUCACUCCCUGGGACUCUCCCACUCCGAUCAGAGCUCCGCCCUGAUGGCGCCCUUCUACCGCGGCUUCGAACCCGUCUUCAAGUUGGACGAGGACGACAAGGCGGCGAUCCAGUCACUGUACGGCCGGAAGACCAACCAGCUGAGGCCCACCAACGUGUACCCGGCCACCACCCAGCGGCCAUACACUCCUCCAAAGGUGCCACUGGACGACUCCAUCUGCAAGGACUCCAAGGUGGACACGCUCUUCAACUCGGCGCAGGGCGAGACGUACGCCUUCAAGGGCGACAAGUACUACAAGCUGACCACGGACUCCGUGGAGGAGGGCUACCCGCAGCUCAUCUCCAAGGGCUGGCCGGGAUUGCCGGGCAACAUCGAUGCGGCGUUCACCUACAAGAACGGCAAGACGUACUUCUUCAAGGGUACCCAGUACUGGCGCUACCAGGGCCGCCAGAUGGACGGCGUCUAUCCCAAGGAAAUCAGCGAGGGCUUCACGGGCAUUCCCGACCAUCUGGACGCCGCGAUGGUUUGGGGGGGCAAUGGCAAGAUCUACUUCUUCAAGGGCAGCAAGUUCUGGCGCUUCGAUCCGGCCAAGAGGCCGCCGGUCAAGUCCAGCUAUCCCAAGCCCAUCUCCAACUGGGAGGGUGUGCCCAACAACCUGGACGCUGCGCUGAAGUACACCAAUGGCUACACGUACUUCUUCAAGGGCGACAAGUACUACCGAUUCCACGACGCCCGCUUUGCUGUUGACACGGCCACGCCCCCCUUCCCCAGACCCACCGCCCACUGGUGGUUCGGCUGCAAGAACACGCCCUCGUCCACAGGUAAUAUCGUCGAGGGUUCGGACAACGAGUUCGAACAGCACUCCAUGAUCCCGCAUGCCGACGAUGGUAAUGGUGAUGACUUAGACGCAGCCGUGGGCGAUCACCAGUCCAACGACGAGCCGAUGGAUCCGGAAGUGGCCGAGCGAACCGGAACCGGAAACGGAGCCGUGUCCCAGUCGAAAGUGACGAGCAGCUCCGCUGUGAGCACCGUGAUCACCACCAUCCUGAUGUGCCUCGUCUCCAAGAGAGCUAAGAGACCCCAGCGAACCUUCAGGAUCAAAGCCAGCCACUCGAGUAAAGUUUCCGAGAUUUGGAGAUUUGACUGCACGUUGGAGGUGCUCCAGGUGCUUGAAAUUCAAAUGUACGCACAUCAUAUCGAAUACGAUGAGAGGGAAUCCCAAAAAGAAUCAAAAAUAAUCAAAUUGAUACAAAUACAAAUACAAAUUGACAUUGAAAUCGAGCAGAAUAUCAAUUGUAAAUUGAGCGAUCAGCAUGUGACACAGGUGCCUUAUCAAAUACUUUUGUUGUUGUGUAAAUAAAAUCAGCCUUAAAUAUAAUGAAAUAGUUUAUAACAUUCCGCAUUCAAACGAUCAGAAGUCAUAUCAAAUCAGAAGUUCUCUACGCAGUAAGCUGUUUUGGUGAUGACAAAUUGCGAUAUUAAAUUUACGAGCCAUAUUCAAGGAAUUGGAGAGAACCAAACAAAAAUUAAAUACUGAACAUUGAACCUAAUUUAGUUUAGAUAUAAUUGUUAAUGUCGGCACAUGGGAGAGGAACCUCGCAUGUUCCUCCAGCUGUGCUACAAUUUCGCAAACGCAAUUGUUUUAAGUUUACAAAACGAUACGAUACGUGACUUGACCAUAUAUAAACUAAUAUGAAAAUCAUCAUCGAGUACAUAUGAUUAUUGUAUAAGUGAUAUUUAAGACAGUCCAUUAAACGAUAUUGCUUCGGGUUUAAUAUUUAAAACCGAAAUAUUAUUUAACUUACGUAUUAUUAUGUGUAAUUUUAUUUUAUAUACCAUAAAUGUACGCUGAAAGAA